AUGAGUCCCAGCAUCACUUCCGACGCCAGCCAGUCUCUCACUGUCCGGUCCACAGUGGCUCAGAGGAAACAAGCCCACGAACUUAGAAAGACUCUCAAACCACUGUUGGAGAAGAGAAGGCGUGCUCGCAUUAAUGAUAGUCUGAGCCAUUUGAAGAGUCUCAUUCUUCCUCUGGUUGGAAAAGACAACGCGCGCUACAACAAACUGGAGAAAGCGGACAUUCUGGAAAUGACCGUCCGUUUUCUCAGAGAUCUUCCAACGUCGCCUGCAAAAGAACCUGCAGAAAGUUACCGAGAAGGCUAUAAGGCGUGUCUUGAGCGGGUCUCGGCUCUUCUCCCUCAAACCAGCCUUGACCAAGACGCGUGUCAGCGAGUCAGUGCUUUUGUGCAGCGCUCCAUGUCCGCACCAGUCACCCCGUCCUGCCUCAACUGCUGCGCCCAAACCUCCAGGGCAUUCCCGCACAUCCAGCAGAGGCUGCUGAGCCUCAAAUCCAACUUCAAAUCCAGGGCCGACAGCCAGCCUCAGCCUCCUCAGCCGGUCCCGCCUGCUGUCAGUGCUGACAUGUGGAGGCCCUGGUAG